AAUAUGACGAUACUUGACUGAUAGAGGCCGUUCAACAAACCGCCGCCAUCCGUUGCGCUGGCACCUCACGGGCGUGAGCGCGGGGGCGCGAUGACCAUGCAUUCGAAUCCCGUCACGCCGACGCACGCGGCCCCGCGCGUGCGGACCGGGGGGGAAGCGGCGGUCACCGGGAGAGGUCCGUCAGAACAAGGCGCGUCCCUCGCGGCUGUUGUACGCAUCACUAGGUGUUUUUUUCGUAACGAGUUCGCGAUCGCAAAGGAGAAAGACUCGCUUUCUGUUGACGUCGCGAAAACUCAUCGGCCAACGAGUUUCGCAGCAGCAGCAGCAGCAGCAGCAGCACCAGCAGCAGCAGCAGCAGCAGCAACAGCAUGAGGGCCUCACGGCCGCUCGCGUGUAACCUGAAAUUCCCCGCGGGCUCAACCAGCGGCGACGGUCGUCGUCGUUAUCAUUGUGGCGGCGGCCAGCGAGGCGCCGAUGAUGGCGACGGCAACGAAUCUCGCCCACGUUGUCGCCCCCGUGCCCACCGUUAUCGUUAUCGCGGCGGUCUGACAGCUGUCAUCAUCGUCGCCAUGAGUGCGUCGCUCGCCGUGGCGGCUCUCCUCCUCUCCUCGCCGUCGUUCGCCGCUUCGUCCCCCAUCCGCUCCCCGCGCACCACCUCCCGGAGACUGAGGCUCCCGCGCUUCCCACAUUCUGUUCGUCCCGACGACUGCCACCAGCACGGCCGCCCGCAGCUCCGCGGGAAAGGUGCCGCCACGCGCGCUGACGGGUCAGCUGGGAUUACCCCACACACUCAGCCCACCGCCGCCGCCACCGCCACCGCCGUCGCUGGUGCCUCCGGGGAUGGCGAUGGCGGGACGAGAGAGAGGGAGCUGUCGGGGGUGCGCGGACGGGAGGUGGCGGAGCGACGGGCGGGCAGGCUGCAGGUGAAGGCGCGGGAAGCAGUAGCGCGCGUGGCGACUGGCAGGCGCGCAGCUGCUGUGGCGCUCUCCCUGGCGGCGCAGCUGCAGAUGGACGCGCGGCCAGAGGGGAGAGGCGUGGGGGGGACGCACGACGCGGCUGCAGUAGACGCGGCUGCAGUAGACGCGGCUGCAGUAGACGCGGCUGCAGUAGACGCGGCUGCAGUAGACGCGGCUGCAGUAGACGCGGCUGCAGUAGACGCGGCUGCAGUAGACGCGGCUGGGCACAAGCUGGCACGCGACUGCGACGAGCAGUCCAGGAAGGACGCGCUACUUCCACAUGCCGCCGUACCUGUGCUCUGCGCCGUGCGCCAUCACCCUGAUUGCUUCCCAUUCCAAUUGCUGUGCGCGCCGUGCAGUGUGGAGUGCAGUGUGCCGUGCAGUGUGGAGUGCAGUGUGCCGUGCAGUGUGGAGUGCAGUGUGCCGUGCAGUGUGGAGUGCAGUGUGCCGUGCAGUGUGGAGUGCAGUGUGCCGUGCAGUGUGGAGUGCAGUGUGCCGUGCAGUGUGGAGUGCAGUGUGCCGUGCAGUGUGGAGUGCAGUGUGCCGUGCAGUGUGGAGUGCAGUGUGCCGUGCUCUGUGCCGUGCUCUGUGCCGUGCUCUGUGCCGUGCCCUGCUGUGUAUGCCAUUGUUUAUGCCGCAGAUGCGGGUGGCGUGUGUCAUUGUGGGCUUGGCAGAGGCCAUGCUGGCGAGGGGGGGCGGCGAGCAUGUGCGCCUGGGGACUUCCGCACCUCGAGCGCAUCCAUCUCGCCAACGUGGCCACGCUCGCCCAUGCGGGGGGCGGGUGCGAGUCUGGGCAAGGCGGAGGCGAUGAUGGCGAGGGGGGGACGCGACGCCCUGCAUGUGGCGCGCAUCCAUCUCGCCACGGCGGCCACGCUCGCCCGUGACUGCGCCGAGGGCUUCCACCUCGUUGCGCCGGGCAGCUCCUCCCAUGCGCGCGUGCGCGCCCUGCAGGAGGCAGCAGGGGAGGCGCGGAGGGCGGUGAUGGAGGCGCAGCAGCGAGCAGCAGAGGUGGCGGCGAUGGGUGCAGCAGCAGGUGGCGCCUCUAUCGGUGCAGCAACCAGCGACCCAGCGAUUAUUGCUGCCACUGGGGAGCCGCUCACCAUUGCAGCAGCUGGUGACGCGGUCGUGUCAGCAAGCGGUGCCCCUCUCUUUGUUCCACCACCUGGCGCCUCUACCGUGAUUUCAGCACGUGGUGGUCGUCCCAUGGCUGCAGCAGCACGAGACCUCCCCAUCACUGUAGCAGGUGGUGCCCCGGUCAUCGCGCCCAUGGUCACCGUGGCUCAGGACGGCUCUGGGGACUUCCGCACCGUGCAGGAGGCCAUUGACGCGUAUCCGUCGCACCUGGAGGGGCGCUACGCGGUGUUCAUCCGGCCGGGCGUGUACCGGGAGAAGGUGCGCGUUGGCGAGCGCUGUGAGAACGUGACGCUGGUGGGGCUCAACGCCUCCUCCACCAUCAUCUCGUUCGACGACAACGGCGCUGCUGGCACCACGACUUUCGACACCGCAACCGUUGCGGUCGACGCGUCUGGCUUUGCGGCGGUGGGCAUUCGCUUUGAGAACACCGCAGGGCCGGAGGGCGAGCAGGCAGUGGCGUUGAGGCAGACGGGGGAUAACGCGGCCUUCUACAAGUGCCACUUCAUCGGCUGGCAGGACACGCUGUAUGUGCACAGCGGGCGGCAGUACUACCGCAACUGCUACGUGAACGGGUCGGUGGACUUCAUCUUUGGCAAUGGAGCGGCCGUGCUCGACCGCUGCGUGCUGCACAUGCGGGCGCACGCCAACGCGCCACUCACGGCGUCGAAGCGGGAGAGUGAAGACGAGCCGACAGGCAUUGUCAUCCUCAACUCGCGCGUCAAGGGGGACCUCGCCAAUCAGACGUUCCUGGGCCGGCCGUGGGGGAAGUAUGCCCGUGUGGCGGUUAUCAACACCACCAUCACUGAUGUGCUUAACACAGACGGCUGGCUGGAUUGGAAUGGGGACGUAUACGACACCACCACUUAUAUCGAGUACAACAAUAGUGGGCCGGGGGCGGCGGGCCCGCGCAUAGAGUGGGCGCGGCCGGGGAUUGUGAGCGACCCCUCGCUCGUCGCCAUGUACUACCCUGAAACGUUCCUGGCGCCCUUUGCCACUAUCAUGGACCUCAUUCCCCUUGACUGGGUCUGACUGUCCUCACGAUUGUUUCCUGCCUCGAGCAACUGCUUGUCGUGUGGAGAGCCGUGGUCCGAGUGGAGUCGAAUGAGGCAGCUUGGGGGGCGCACUGACUUACCAGCACUAGCACCCGCCGACCACCCCACUCCUCCACUGACUUCCCUUCUCCGACCGGGUCCACAUUUUGUCCAUCCUUUUGUUCCUUGGGCCGCAGACUUGCCACAGCACCGGCAACCGCCCAUUCCUCUUGCCAGGGAACCGGAUGUACCACCCUGUCAAACAUAUCUAUGUAUGUUGUUAUAGACUAUACAGGGUUGUGCCUUAGGGAAUACAACCCGCUAGGUUAUAUUCCCUUGUAUGUCAUUGUUCUAGU